AUGGCGUAUUGCUUCUCGUGCAGCAUCCCGAAGGAUCAGCCCGUGGCAUCCACGUCGAUCCUUGCUAUGAACACCGCGAUCACGCUGGUGAAAUACACUUACAGGCACGAAGUUUACAUCCAGGAGGCUGCCAUGCUUCGACAUCAGAUGCAACAUGGAGAUCUGGCACAGACUUCCGACAUGACACUGACGCACGAGGAAGCAAUCCAACCGGAUGCUGAGCUUGGCCACGCUGUUUCGCCAGAAGCUUGCAGAGAUUGCUGCUCAGUUGCUUUUGUGCGCAAGCUCACCGUUUGCCCACUCAGGGACCUCACCGUUUUCGACCAGAUUAUCAUCACGCCGGCAAGCAGGCACGUGAUCUUUGUUGAUCUUGCUGUUCAUCAGUGUUUGCUAGCUCUUAGGCCGAUUCCGCCCAUAAGCUCGGACCUCGAUGAACCCAGCGAUGUUUAUGGGCACCAGCCUGAGCGCCGCAGAAUGAAUUGUGAGAGCAGCGCCUUCCAUUGGCUUCCACUUGUUCUGAGGCUGAGCCUGAUGCGCCGGGACGUAGGCAGGGACACCUACACCUUCAGGUUAUGGGGGCCUGCGCCAUUUCUCGAUGUGUUGAAUUGGCAGCUGAAGAUGGGAGCCAGAGUCAGCCUGGAUCACUUCAUGCAGGAUUUUCCCAUCCAUGUCUGCAUGUACGACCUACCCGAUGGCGAUCAGAAAUCAUCGGAUGACCCGCGACACCUAGAGUCGAAGAAGCGCUACUACUUUGACUUCAUGGGCUGGAGCAACGUAGUCUCAAUUGCGCCGGCAAUAUUUCAACGUUAUGUCUUCCAGAAUGCCCCAGACGGGUUCGUGAUGCAGCUGAGCAGGCAGUUCAGCAACAACAGCUUCCACUCUUUGAACUCUGGAAGCUUCAUGUCAGUAGAGUCAACCGCUUCCCGAAGACCUUUCUGGCGGCGAUGGUUGGAUCGCUUGAGGUGGAUCCCAAAAUCUACGUGCAACUUCAACUCGCUGCCUGCUCAGCCACUUCCGGCGUAG